ACUCUAAAUCAAUUCCCUUCACGCCUUUUCUUCCUUCGUUUAUUCAGGAAUUACGGCGGAAGCGUGCGAAUGGGAUCCUCCUCUCAAUACGUGUCAACCGCCUAGCUGUCCCCUCCCUCUUUUUAUGCAUCCCCUUCUGCGCUCUCUUCAUCGCUUCCCCUGCCGGACGUGUGUUCUCAGAAUGGAGGCUGCCGCCCAAUCGAAAAUCGAACGCGAUGACCUCAGCCGAAUCGGCUCCGUCCUCGACUCAACCUCUUCCAGCUCCGCUCUCUCGGCUGCGUUCAGAGGCUCCAGAUCUCCUGCCAGAAACUUCUCCGGCGAUAUUCCGGCGGCUGCGGAGAGGCUCAAGUGCGUGCGGAGGAGCAACAAGAGCGUGACCUGGGGGUUCGCUUCCGUGAUUGGGAGGCGGAGAGAGAUGGAGGACACCGUCGCCGUCGUCCCGGGCUUCCUGACCUGCACAUGCGAUCAGGUCGGAGGCUGUGUCGCCCCUGGCUCGCGGAGCUCCGGCGAGAUCUUACCGGUAAAUUUCUUCGGCGUCUACGACGGCCACGGCGGAUCUCAGGUGGCCAAAUUUUGUGCGGAGCGUUUGCAUGAAGUGGUGGACGAGGAGUGGGAAAGAGAAACAAUACUUGACGGAUCCAAAUGGCGCCAGAGGUGGGAAGCAGCAUUCAUUAGUAGCUUCGAAAGGGUUGACAAUGAGGUGGUGACAGAGGAUGUGGCACCAGAAAUGGUGGGCUCAACUGCCGUUGUGGUGGUUCUGUCAGGUUGCCAGAUCAUCGCAUCCAACUGCGGCGACUCAAGGGCCGUGCUUUGCCGAAGGACUCAAACAAUUCCCUUGACCAUUGAUCAAAAGCCUGAUAGAGAAGACGAACUCAAGAGAAUUGAAGACGGGGGAGGGAAAGUUAUUAGCUGGUUUGGUGCCAGGGUUUAUGGAGUUCUUGCCAUGUCCAGAGCUAUAGGUGAUAGAUACCUGCGGCCAUGGAUAAUUCCUGUUCCUGAAACAACCUUCACGACUAGGAGCGAUGAUGACGAGUGUCUGAUAUUGGCAAGUGAUGGCCUCUGGGAGGUGAUGACAAACGAUGAAGUCGGAGAGAUGGCUUGCCGGCUGUUGAGGAGACGACGCAGAUCCAAGGCGGAUGAUGGCGAGAUUCUGGCGGCACAGGCCGUCGCCGACAAUCUUGCCGAAAUAGCUUUGGCAAGAAACAGCUCCGACAACAUUUCUGUCAUUGUUGUUGAUCUGAAAUCGAAGAGAAAGUGUCCGGAAAGGCGAUAGAAAAGGGAUAAUAUUUAUUCUCA